CCGGUCAGAGGUCAGUGAGCGCGCGCCCUCCAUCAAUCCACAGCAAAGAACAAGAAGCACUUCGUUACAAACAAAAGUUACAGACCGACUGAUGUCCAGAGGUUUUCCUUAAAACAAGCCAGUGAAGCUACAAACAACAGCGGCCACUGUGGUUUCUCAUCGGGGAGCUCGGUGAUCGUUGUUAGCUUAUCGUGUAGUCGCUAGCCUCGUUAGCCACAUUAGCUGGCUGUUGGAGAAAGUUCCUGCUAGCUCCAUCGCAAGCUAGCUAGCUAGCUAACCGAAACUCCCAUUUCUCCUUUGACCGGAGCACAACAAACAACCGCAAACAUGCAGGAUAUGCUGGCUAACGUGGAUCACCUCAAGUUUGACCUGGAGCUCGCUGUGCAGCAGCAGCUAGGAGCACAGCCGCUGCCCUUCCCCGGCAUGGACAAGUCCGGGUCUGCUGUGUGUGAGUUCUUCAUGAGAGCAGCUUGUCUGAAAGGUGGGAUGUGUCCGUUCCGUCACAUCAGCGGAGAGAAGACGGUGGUGUGUAAGCACUGGCUCAGAGGACUGUGUAAGAAGGGAGACCAGUGCGAGUUCCUCCACGAAUACGACAUGACCAAGAUGCCUGAAUGCUACUUCUACUCCAAGUUUGGUGAGUGUAGCAACAAGGAAUGUCCAUUCCUGCACAUUGAUCCAGAGUCCAAGAUCAAAGACUGUCCCUGGUAUGACCGAGGCUUCUGCAAACACGGUCCUGACUGCAGACACAGACACACGAGAAGAGUGAUCUGUAUGAAUUACCUCGUGGGCUUCUGUCCAGAGGGGAAAUCCUGUAAAUUUAUGCACCCUCGCUUUGAGCUGCCUAUGGGAGCCUCUGAACAGCCUCCUCUACCACAGCAAAUCCAGAACCAGACGAAGCCUGUGCCUACCAUCGGUCGCUCGUCACUCUCCCUAAUCCAACUGACCAACUCCAGUCCAGGCCUGCGGCCGCAGAACCACACAGCAAUGGCUGCUCCUCAGCAAAAUAACAUGACCGGCAACAGAGGGCCUCGGCCACUGGACCAGGUCACCUGCUAUAAAUGUGGUGAGAAGGGCCACUAUGCCAAUAAAUGCACUAAAGGCCAUCUUGCUUUCCUGAGUGGACAGUGAUCUUCAGCCUUGGGGUCACCAUGGUGCUGUAGCUCAGUCAUCCUGAUGUGAGCAGAAGAGAGGAAGAUCCUUUGCUCUGCAGACUGAAGAUAAUAAAGACUUUGACUGCACUGUUGAGUCUGUCUCGUCUUACAGACACAGAAGGGAGGAACGAUAAACAAGCUACUAUUUCUACUCUUUGUGGGUACAUGAAAAUAUCCAGGAACACCAGAAAAAAGAGUCACAAUCUGAGUGGCUGGCUGACUUGUGUGCAAGUCCUUAGAGUUUUCUACAAAGUUUGUACUGUAAAGCACACUGAGUAUUUAUAGACAUCACACCCAGGGUCCAACAGAGGUGCAGUGCUGUGACAUGGUGCUGCUUCAGUAUGUACAUUUCCUUGGGUCAUGUGACUGCAUCAGUGACACCAGACCAGUCUUUCUAUUCUGCUACUUGUGAUAAAUCUGACAGUGUAAAUGCAAUAAAAAACAAACGUGAUAAAUGCCAGGAGGAAUGUAAAUGAAUGCCAUUUGUACUUGUACUUGAACUGCUGUAAUUAACUGGAGCUCAAAUCCACCCCGCAAUGGUUUGUAUUGUAUUCGAAACACCACCCGAAAUCUUCAGCUUCCCACACACCAUAUCACACUUGUCAGAUUUUAGACUUUCUAAUGGAAACCUCCCAUUUGUGGACUUUUUUUACGUUUUAAAUCCUGGGAUGUUGUUAAUUACCAGUUAUGCGUGGACAUCUUGCGUUGUUUGAUCUGAUUUAAGAGCAUUCAAAUUUUACCCAAGAGGAUAUGUGUGGCUACAGCAGUUUGGUUCCUGGUCUCUUCACUUCAUCAUUGUGUUAACAGUCUGAACAUCUCACAAUCUGUACAGUGUGUAGAAAUAAAUGUUCUUGUUACAAA